UCAUGAUCAACGAUUUUAACAGUUGGUACAAAACAUAGCCUCUUUUUACAAGAACAUAUGUGAGUGUUUUAGUCUUAUUUGGAAUAAUAGGAAAAUUCAAGCCAUCUUAUUUGUGGUAUUUAAUGUUUGAUGCUAAUAAAAUAUUUAGUCUUUAAGUAUUUAUUAUUAUCAAAUAUUAUAUAGAUACAUAGACUAAUUACUCAUUACUUUUUUAGUGGUAUAUUAAGUUUUAGUUUUAUCCUUCAUUUAUUGUUUGUAAUCUUUUGUAUAAAAAAUUGUGAAAUAAUGUUUGAAGGAUCUAACUAUGCAGAUUUCUAUUAUAUGAUACUUUACUUUUUUAUAACAGGAGAUGUAAUUCAUAUAGAUUAUUUAGAUAAUGAGUUGGUUAUUUGAUUAUGGAUUUUUAUCAGCAGCAUUUUGUUUUGCAUUAAUAUAUGUUUGGUGUAAGAGAAAACCAUUUGAAACUGUGAGAUUUUACUUUGGAUUUUAAUUUAAGAGUGAAUAUUUUCCAUGGGUUUUGAUUGCUUUUCAUGCUAUUACAGAUUAAGACAUAGUUUAAGAUCUUAUAGGUUUAGGAAUAGCACAUUCAUAUUUAUUAUUAAAAGAUUUUCUACCAGUCACUCAUAGCAUUGCUUUAUUGGAAACACCUUAAUUUUUGUAUGAAUUUUAUUAUUUAAAUUAUUAGUAAGAACUUUAUAAAUAAACAUAUUGUGAAAUAUGCACCUUUUGCAAGAAAUAGAUUUAAUUAAUAAUAAUUCUAACAACCUUAAAGAUAGAAUUUCUUUUAAGGAUAAGGUAUACGUUUAGGUUGA